CUGUAGCCUUGAAAAUUCUCUGGGUUAGCUGACUCUCUACCCUCCCUCCAUGAACUGAUCUGCUGAAAAGUGGAAAAGUAGUCUGUAUUGAUGCAGAGAAUGAAGAGUCCCUUUUGCCCAAUUUGACUUUAAACCGGUUACUUUUUUUUUUUUUGGGUUGUGGGUUUUUCUCAGCUGUCCCUUUUUUUGCUGCCCGUGGGAAGAUCAAUAAAUCUUGAUUGUAAAAGCUGAUCAGUCUUUUUAACUUCCUCUGCAAUACAAAAAAGUGAGAUCAGAAUUAAUCCAUCCCUUUCCGUUUUACUAAAAUGUGUUCAAUUUGGUAUCAGAGCUUAGAAAAUAUAGUGUAUUGACCCGUCUCUUUCUUUCUUUUUAAUACGGUGACUCUAUUUGUAUGGGUGUGAAGUAAGCUAAGUAAUCUAUCUAGCAUUUAGGUAGGUUUGGUUUUUGUAAUUUUGAGUUUCAUCAGUUUGGGUUUAAUUUCUUCAUGAUGCAAUUCACGGAGACCUUACCGGCGCCGUCGCACCAAAUCUCACCGUUCUCUAGCCUGGUGACGAACAAGAAUCAGGUUCAUCGGACGCGACCAUGGCCGGGAUUUCCGACAUCGUCCAAGAACCUAGGAACCAGCAUAGGAGAUGCUAACUGCAUGGAGCAGUUGCUAGUCCACUGUGCGAACGCGAUCGAGAGCAACGACGCCACUCUAGCUCAGCAGAUCUUGUGGGUCCUCAAUAAUAUAGCCACUCCCGACGGGGACUCCAACCAGCGUCUCACUUCCGCCUUUCUGCGGGCCCUCAUAGCCCGGGCCGCCAUGAGCGGCACGUGCAAGCUCCUGGCCGCCAUGGCCGACCUCCACCCCGGCCUCAACCUCAACAUGAUGGACACCCACAGAUUCUCAACCAUAGAGCUGGCCAGCUUCGUUGACCUCACGCCCUGGUACCGCUUCGGCUUCACCGCCGCCAACGCCGCUAUAAUAGACGCCGUGGAGGGCUACUCCGUCGUUCACAUUGUCGACCUAAGCUCCACCCAUUGCAUGCAGAUCCCUACUCUUAUCGACGCCAUCGCCGCCCGCCCCGAAGGCCCGCCGUUGAUCAAGCUUACACUCGCCGCCGCCGCCGACGAAUUCCCGCCCAUGCUCGACCUUUCCUACGAGGACCUCGGCGCCAAGCUCGUCAACUUCGCACGGUCCCGAAACGUGGAGCUAAAUUUCUCGGUCGUCCCCUCCACUCCUUCAGACGGGUUUUCCUCAUUGAUCCAGCAACUCCGGCUGCAAAACCUCGUACGAGCGGAAAACGGCGAGGCGCUCGUGAUGAACUGUCAUAUGAUGUUACACUACAUUCCCGACGAAACCCUGUACGAGAAUUCCCAUUCUCAAUCCCAAUCCGCCGCUUCCUCGUUCCGGACGAUGUUUCUCAAAUCAAUCCGGAGCCUAGUCCCGACAAUCCUUCUCCUAAUCGACGAGGACGCGGAUUUCACCUCCAACAACCUGGUCUGCAGACUAAGGUCGGCUUUUAACUACCUAUGGAUUCCGUACGACACGGUGGACACGUUCCUCCCCAGAGGCAGCAAGCAACGGCAGUGGUACGAGGCCAACAUCUGUUGGAAAGUGGAGAACGUGAUAGCCCAGGAAGGCGUCCAGAGAGUGGAGCGGCUGGAGCCCAAAACGCGGUGGGUGCAACGGCUGAGGAACGCCAAUUUCAGAGGCGUCCCGUUCUCCGACGACGGCGUUUCCGAGGUGAAGAACAUGCUGGACGAGCACGCCGCCGGCUGGGGACUCAAGAGAGAAGACGAUGAUGUUGUGCUCACAUGGAAAGGCCAUAAUGUCGUGUUUGCCACUGCUUGGGUCCCUAACUAGUUAGUUAGUUAACAUCAUGUUGCAUUGUUCGUUAAGUUCAUCUUAAUGUCGGAUUAACGAACUUAGCUUGCAUUUUUUUUUAUGGUGACUAAGGAAAAUCAGCAGCUUAGAUUGAAGGUCAAUAGGCCAGGAAGUCAAACUUGUAAACUUUUUAUUACAAGUAAACAGUUUGACCAAUUUGGCUAAAAUUGUCUUCCUUUAA